CGACAACAGACGAGGGCCCUACCUUCGACGACGGCCAUAGCGUUUGAAGCACAAGAUGAAUUUAAACAGAUGGAGGAUACGGAGGGACGCCUUCUUCGGCACCGUCAAGGAAUCCCAUUCAAACCAUCGUAUCCUGGCUGGCACUGAGGCUACCGAGCACCUCUAUGGACCGGUCGAUGUCUACGAGUUUCUGGAUGACUCGUUUCCGGAAUUCGACGUCUCGGUUCGUUCGACGGUCUUCAAAGAAUUCAAGAAACGCUUGCGGGAAGUGAAACCAAGUGUGAAGCCUUCUGGAGGACCAUCGGAGAAGGCCAUGUACGCGAGUAUUGUUGAUGCUCUCAACUACAUAUGUGAGAACGCCGUCAAGAACGAGCCUCUCCCCCUCCAGUUCCACGUCUCGGCCAACGAACGCAAGCAAGAAUCCAAAGGCGGGUACCGAAUCGCGCCGGACAUCGCCGUCCUCCCUUCCUCCUCAACGGACACUUACUGGGCGCGCUCGCUCGGCUUCAUCGAAGUUAAAGCGACCGAGAACGAAGACCCCUUCCGGCGGUACAGGCCCGACCUCAAAAAUACCCCCACGAUGAACCAGGCCGAGGUCGACUCCUGGAACCAGCUGCAGGAGUACGCGGUCGUGUCCUUCCGCGCCGCGCCGCGGUGCUUUCUCUUCGCAGUGGGCGUCUUCGGCAACGUCGCGCGCCUCUUCCGCUGGGACCGCUCCAGCAUGCUCGUCUCCGGGCCCAUCCGGUACAAGACGGACCCGACGCCGCUGAUCGAGUUCCUCGUGGGGUUUGCGAGCCACGCGCGUAGCGGGAUCGACGAGAGCGUGCGCAUGCCCAUCACCGGGCCCGCGGAGCGCAAGCUGGUGAAGGAGAAGUACCAGGAGGCGUUCACCUCGCGGCUGCUGCCCAAGUACGAGCCGCUGCACAAGGGAUACAACGACCUCGUCGUGGACAGCACGUUCAUCGAUAUACCCCACGCGGAGCCUGCUGACGGCGUCGCGGACCGCUUCGUCACCAUCGGCCCCCCACUCUUCUGCGCCAACUCAAUUUUCGGGCGCGGCACGCGCGUCUGGCUCGCACAAAAGCUUUGCGAGGACAGGGAGGAGGCGGGUUUCGUCGUGGUCAAGGACUACUGGCGCGAUCGCGAGCGUUGGACUGAGGGUAAUAUCUAUCGUGCGAUAUACGGCGCGUCGGGGCGCGCGUUCGGCGUCGCGCGGCUCUAUCACGACUACGACGUCACGGCUGACCCGCGGGACCGGGUACACGUCGCCUCGGGCUGGAUGGUCAAUGAGAAGCUAGGAGAGGUGGUGUUCAAGGAUCUCGUGCAUCAUCGAUGUAUUUUGUUGUCAGUGGGUAUACCGCUGUGGCGGUUCAAGUCCACGCGCCAGCUGUUGCAUGCUAUACGAGAUGCGCUUAAAGGACAUCAGAAUAUGUGCAAAAACGGUGUUCUGCAUCGCGAUAUCAGCGUAAAUAACAUUCUGAUUAGCGCUGAUCCGGGCGCAGAGAACGAAGCCGUAGGGUUUCUCAUUGACCCUGAGCUGGCCUUCGCCGAUGGGAUGAAGGAUAAGGAUGGAGAAUUGCGCAAUCUAACGGGAACAUACCAAUUCACGGCUGUCAAGCGUUUUCAAGAGUUAAACUGCGAGCACCUCACGUGGCACGAUAUCGAAUCGUUCUUCUGGGUCCUGGUUUACGUCAUCCUCAGGCAUACCAUCUGUGAAAUUCUCCAUGAUGGCCUAAAGAUCAAAGGGUAUCAGUGUGUGCCAGCGGUGUUCACGGACGUCCCAGGGGACAGGCAAUUAUUUGUGACGGACAAGGUCCAGAGUCUGGAGGUAGAGAAUAACACACCUCUUUCCCAGUGCAUCCAGGAGUUUGCCUUACUGGUCGCCAGUCACUACCUUUCGCCUCAUGUUCGAGAGAGGUAUGCAGCCGAUGAACUCAACCUCCUCACGCAUCAGAGGGUCCUAGCUAUUUUCGACAAGGCGCUGAACGCUGAUGGCUGGCCCGCAGAGGAGGACGACGGACCAGUGCCUUUUACCAUACUGGAGACCCAUACGGUCAGGUCUAAACGUUCCAUCGCCGAGAACAUACACAACGCGGUCGCGGAGAACUCGAAGCAAAGAAAGCAAAAUUCGACUGCCAGCAAGCGCACGCUUGCGAAUGCAUUCGGCCUUCGCGAGCGCCACCCUCCGCGGCGUUCCAAACGGAUCCACAUCGAGGAUGCCAAAGAACCAGAACCUGCACCCGCUCCUGAGUCGGCGGAUAAGGACGAUAUCAAGCCAAGUAAACGGCCUGGCCGGGGAGGCCUCAGCAAGGUGAAGUCAGAGCCAAAAGCGAAGAAUAUUGGGAAGGCGUCGAGUACGAGGAUUACGCGCAGCAGAGCGAGCUGCAAGGGUAGUAAAGCUGCUGCUAGCCCGGGGGAUCAUAGGACGCGGUCGGGGAAGAGGUAUUGAUUUCUUCAUUUCCUUGGACAUGGGACCGUUUCCUUUUGUCUGCUCUAAUCUGUAGCGCUAGUCUCUCUGGGCUGGCUAUUCUUGGUAAUACCGAGGCCUUCAUUUCACUGUGGUAUACCGUUUUUCACAAUAUUUUUGUUUGUAACUUAUUCACGUGUAUUUUAUUCCACCAUCCAACGCCUUUCCUAUUGUCACAUCAUGGCAUAGCGG